GGAAAGAACCAUUGACUAGCUCCGCAGCUCCGCCAUCGCUCACCUCAUGCCACCUUUCUUGGCGUUGAUGUUGCCAUAUUAGAUUUGCGUAAACUGUGUGUCGCAUACUUUUUGCAUAUUUAGCUGAUUUUGGUCUGUGACACUCUAUCCUAGUUUUCAGAGGAUCUAUCACACGUCUGUUCAUAUCUAGCAUGGGAGACAUUGGCCUACAGUCUCCGGAUGUUACUUCCAUGAGGGCGAAAACCAUAGCUGUCAUUGGUGCGGGGCCUUCUGGAUUAGUAGCCGCGAGAUAUCUGCGUGCAGAAAAGGCGUUCUCCAAGAUUGCGUUAUUCGAGCAACGCCCAAGAGAUGGCGGAAUAUGGAAUUACACCGCGAGGGAAAGAACCGAGGAUCUUUUCUCGGUUCCUCAAAUCAACCCAGUUGGAAGGAAUCAAGAUCCUAUCUGGGCGAAUCCAACGGCCAAUGGAUGCACGGCCGCUGCUACGAACGGUACCUGUGGCGCUUCUAAGCAUCCUGUAUUCGUAUCACCAAUGUACGAAAGACUUGAAACCAACAUUCCGAGGGGUCUCAUGGGGUUCAAAGGGUUUGAUUGGCCUCAAGAUAGCCAGCUCUUUCCGAAACACCAAACCGUGCUCCAAUAUAUCCAAGACUAUGGCGCAGACGUCCAGGACACAGUCCACUAUUCCACUCAGGUCACAAACGCCGUUCCAGCAAGCAGCGAUCCCUCCAGUCCAUGGAACGUGACGUACCGGGACCUGCAGACAUCUGCGACGACAACAGAAACCUACGAUGCUGUCAUAGUCGCGAAUGGGCAUUUCAUCAAUCCCUACAUUCCAGAUAUCGCCAACAUCGCGGAGUGGAACAAAACCCACCCAGGCCUGAUCUCGCACUCAAAGUACUACCGGCGCCCCGAAGAAUUCGCCGCAAAGAAGGUGAUAGUCGUAGGCAAUUCCGCCUCGGGCGCCGACAUCUCCUCUCAAAUCGCGGAGCACAGCGUGCUCCCGCUGCUCUGGUCCAGCAAGUCGACAAACCUGUUUGUCAGCGCCACGCCGAGCGACCCGCGGCGGCGCGAGCUGCCGCCCAUCAAGCGCUUCAUCCCGGAGACGCGCGGAGUGGAGUUCGAAGACGGCACGGUGGAAGCCGACAUCGAUGCUGUCGUCUUCGCUACGGGGUACUUCUACAGUCUGCCCUUCCUCGAGCACGUCACGCCCCGGCUGAUCACCGAUGGGAGCCACGUCAACCACACGUACAAACACCUGUUCUUCGCACCGCGACCGACACUCUCGUUUCUCGCGCUGCCACAGCGGGUCGUUCCUUUCGCAACAGCCGAAGCACAAGCCGCAGUCCUCGCACGCGUGUACUCCGGCCGUCUACCGCUACCUCCACUCGCGGACAUGCAGCGAUGGGAAGAAGCGCAGAAAGCCGAGGCGGGCGACGGGCGCGGUUUCCACCUCUUGCCGUUCCCGAAAGACGGCCAGAAUAUCAAUGAGCUGUCCAAGUGGGCGCUCAGUGCGCCUCGCCGAGCCGGACUCGACAAUGAAGGGCAGGGCAUGUUGCCGCCUGUGUGGGGCGAGUGGGAGUUCUGGUGUCGCGAGAACUUUCCGGCGAUAAGGCAGGCUUUCGGCAAGCUUGGGGAGAAGAGGUUUGAGACCAGGACGCUGGAGGAAGUUGGAUUCAGCUUUGAGGAGUACAAAAAGAAGGUCCAAGAGAGUGGGAAGCUGAUAUAGCGCAGUGAGUCGAUGACAGGUCAAAGGAUUAGGCACGGCAGCAUGUGAUGAGAGAGCGAGGAAGUGACUCAACGAGUCGUGCAUUGUUAGACUGUGUAUACAU